AUGGAACUCAACCAAGAACAUUUUUGCGACAUAAUUUAUUACAACUUUCAGAGACAAUUAUCGCAACAAGAAUGCCUUGCUGAGUUACUGCCUGUUUUCGGCAACGAAGCGCCACCUCAUCUUGGCGACAAUCCCAGGGUGGGUGCACCACAAACGGCAGUCACCCAGGAAAACGUCGAUGCUGUGCGUAAACUCAUCAUUGAAGAUAGACAUGUGACAUAUCGCGAGAUUGAGGCGUCCUUGAAAAUCUCAAAGACCACAAUUCAAAAUAUUUUACAUGAAGAAUUAGGAGUAAGAAAAUUAGUUUCUCAGCAGAAAGCAGCCAAGGUUAAUUGGUGGAUUUACUGUUAUGAACCAGAAAAUAAACGACAGUCGGCUGUUUGGAUGGUCGCGACAUCUGUGUCUAAAGCGGGUCAUAUUGCAACAAUUCCUCUUAAUGAGCAAAGAACUGUUACUGCGGAUUGGUAUACCACCAUUUGUUUGCCAAAAGUCAUCACCGAGCUUCGAAAAAUCAACCCCGAAAGAAGAAUCAUCCUCCACCAAGACAAUGCAAGCUCGCUCACAGCCCAAAAAACAAGGCAGUAUUUAACGGAAGAACACGUGGAAUUAUUGGACCAUCCCCCAUAUAAUCCCGAUCUAAGUCCUAACGAUUUCUUUAUUUUCCAGGAAAUUAAAAACAGACUGCGUGGUCAAAGGUUCCAGUCACCAGAAGAAGCAGUUGACGCAUUCAAAAAUGCCGUUUUGGAUCUGCCAGCAAACGAGUGGAAUAAGUGCUUCAAAAAUUGUUUCGAGCGCAUGCAGAUGUGUAUUAAUCUUCGUGGAGAAUACUUCGAAAAACAAUAA